GUGUCUGUGUCACGUGGGGGUCACCGUGUCACGGGCGAUGGCGGCUCCGCGGGAGCGCGGGGCGGGGGGCACCGCCGAGGAGGCGUUUCUCACCUUCUACAGCGAGGUGAAGCAGAUCGAAAAGCGUGACUCUGUUUUAACGCCAAAAAACCAGAUUGAGAGACUGACCCGACCUGGAUCCUCCUAUUUCAACCUGAAUCCAUUUGAAGUACUACAGAUGGAUCCUGAUGUCACAGAUGAAGAAAUAAAGAAGAGGUUCCGGCAGUUAUCCAUAUUGGUACAUCCUGACAAAAAUCAAGAUGAUGCUGAAAGAGCCCAGAAGGCCUUUGAAGCUGUGGACAAAGCAUACAAGUUGCUACUGGACCAGGAGCAAAAGAAGAGGGCCUUGGAUGUGAUACAGGCAGGGAAAGAAUAUGUGGAACAUACUGUGAAAGAAAAAAAGAAGUUGUUAAAGAAGGAAGGAAAGCCAACCAACGUAGAGGAGGAUGAUCCGGAAGUAUUCAAACAGGCUGUGUACAAACAGACAAUGAAGCUCUUUGCUGAACUGGAAAUUAAAAGGAAAGAGAGAGAAGCUAAAGAGAUGCAUGAAAGGAAGCGACAGAGAGAGGAGGAAAUCGAGGCUCAAGAGAAAGCCAAGCGAGAACGAGAAUGGCAGAAGAACUUUGAGGAGAGUCGGGAUGGCCGUGUGGACAGCUGGAGAAACUUCCAGGCAAAUACAAAAGGGAAGAAAGAAAAAAAAAACAGGACCUUUCUGAGACCUCCCAAAGUAAAAAUGGAGCAGCGCGAAUGAGUCUGGCGGCAGCUAUGCACGAGCAAGUCUCCUCAGCCCCUCCCUGCUUUUAAGGACUUAUUGGCCUCUAGAGUAAUACUUGCUUUUUAGUAGAUUGCUUGGUUCCGGUACAAUUGAAUAUUGGUCAAAGUAUUUUUUGUACUCUGUACAUUUGAAUUAGGAUCGUGGUAUAAAAUCAGUCAUGAACCAGCUGCUCAUAGACUAACUGGCUUAGGAGGGUCCUGCUGUUGUUGCUGUCCUGUUUGUUUGCAGCCCCGUAAUUUAAUGUUUUGUACUUCACAGAGAUUGUGUUGUUACACCAUCUUCAUGUAUAGUUUUGUGAGAGUCGAAUUAAACAAGAUGCUUGAAAUGGUGCCUGGCAUCUUCCCAGGCCUCAUCCUUCUCAGCGAGUCAAACUUUGGAAAGAUCUCUACCAGCCAAGGGUCAUUUGCCAGCCCGACACGG